UGCCAACCAAUCAGAGCUCAGCACACACGAACACACGCACACAGUUCGCACUGUUUUUCAGCCUGCAGAACUUUCUGACCAACUGCUGCCUUUGAUGAGUGAGGACGGCGCUCAAGUCAGCAAGAACAUGGUGACCACUGACACCCACCAGGACCAGGACCUACUGGUUCCUUCCCAGGUCCAAGAACCGGAGGAGCAGCUCAAAGAACAGGAGAACCAGGAAAAUUCCCUAGCAAGCCUGAUUGGAUUGGACCCAGAAAAAAUGGGCCAAGGCCCUGUCAACGCCAUCACGGUCCUCACUUUGCUGGACAAACUGGUCAACAUGCUGGACGCGGUGCAGGAAAACCAGCACAAGAUGGAGGGGCACCAGGUGGAGAUGGAGGGCGUGGUCAGGGGGAUCCAGGCCGAUAUGAUUAAACUCUCCAAGAGUCACAGUCACACCUCCAACACUGUCAGCAAACUGUUGGACAAGAGUCGCAAGCUUUCCGUCACCAUGAAGGAGGUACGAGAAAGGAUGGAACGUCAGGGCACGCAGGUUAAGAAAUUGGAGGCGAACCAUGCCCAUCUGAUUGACAGAAACAACUUUAAAGUGCUCAUCUUCCAGGAGGAGAACGAGAUCCCCUCCAGUGUCUUUGUGAAGGAUCCGCCGCCGUUCCCUCGUGAUGAAAUUCUGGAAGAAGGGGAUGAAUCCGGUGCUGUCGAAGGCAAUCAGCCCUCGGAGGGUGGACUCCACACUAUUGACCUGUCAUCUGAUGAGGACGUGGGCCUGGAGGCCGAUCUGGAUGAGGAGAUGUGGCCUCAAGAUCUUGAGAACAUGGAGAAGUCCAAGGCUGAGAAAUUAAAACUAUCCAGUCUGAAGAGGGUUGACAGCCUGAAGAAGGCAUUCUCCCGACAAAACAUUGAGAAGAAGAUGACAAAGAUCGGAACAAAAAUUGUUUCCGCUGAACAACGAGAGAAAAUCAAGCAGAAAACAUCCAGCCUCAAGGUUUCUCCUGUGACCUUUGGCAUCAAGAAGCCUCGCAGCAAAUCAGCCUCCCAGCCUCCCGAAGAACACUCUGCCCAGAUGGAAGAGUGCCCCGUCCCAGAGGAUCACGUCCAGCUGUCUCCGCUGGGCAGUGAUGAGCAGGAGCUCACCUUCAUGGAGAUCCACAACGAGUUGGCCCCAGAGAAAGAGCAAUCGUGUGCGGAGGUCAGCGCAAUAUCUGAAGGGGUUGCUGAGGACUACGCUUUGUCCACCACACUGCCUCAAGACCAGGAAAGCAAGGAGGAGUCUUCCAUGUCACUCCAGGAGUAAAAAUUGCAAUAUUAUAUUUUCUUAUUAACACAUUUCUUACACUGAAAAGCAUGAACACAAACACACUAUCUGAGAUGGGUAACAGAGGAGAAUCGAACACAAAAACACUGUGGGGGACCUUGUUUGAAAAUAUUCAUGUGCUGUUGACUGAAGUAUGUUCACCCAGAAAUAGAGGCUUUGAUAUUUGGACCCCAAAACAUUUAUUCAGACUUAUUAUUAUGAGCACAUUCCAUGUUUAGCAACAAAUGCAACACGUCAUGCUAACUUUGAGCUACAUAGCUGCUGUCUAACCACACAAAACUCGGCUCACUAUGAUCAACCAGUUUAAAUCUGUAUAAAACAAACUGGUUUGGAUGGCUUGCACAAAUGCAAUAUAACGCAAGUGUUUAUUUUGAUGUAAAAAGAACUUUUGCAACCAAAGAAUAUGUCCUGUUAAAUGUGCCUAACAGACACAGAGGAAUAUAAGUGUGUCACAAGAUUUCUUGUCUGGUGCAAAACAAAUAAAUAACUUUAAUCAAA